AUGGCACCGCCAACAAAGGCAACGUCUGCUGCCGCUGCUUCCACAGCGACAACAGAAAAACGGUCUACAGUUAAACUCGACACAGUUCGAGAUAUUGAACAACAAAUGCAAAAACUAUGGGCUGAUUUGAAAGUAUUCGAAGCUGAUGCACCUGUACAAUCAGCCGACAAUUCCAAUACUUUCUUGGUCACGUUCCCAUACCCAUAUAUGAAUGGUCGUCUUCAUCUUGGUCAUACAUUUUCAUUAUCGAAAUGCGAAUUUGCCGUGGGUUUUCAACGUCUUCGUGGUAAACACUGUCUGUUUCCAUUUGGAUUCCACUGUACAGGCAUGCCUAUUCGAACAGCUGCUGAUAAAUUAAAGCGUGAAAUGGAAGAAUUCGGUUAUCCACCUCAAUUUCCUGCACCAACCACUGAGAAUGCCGAAGAGGAGAAAGCUGCAUCAGCAACAGCAAAAGAGAGUGAAAACAGCAAAGUUGAUAACAAGGCGAAGAGCAAAAAGAGUAAAGCAGCAGCUAAAACUGGAGGUGAAAAAUAUCAAUGGCAAAUCAUGCGAAGCAUCGGAAUCGAUGACGAUGAAGAGAUUCGACGAUUUACUGAUCCGCUCCAUUGGAUUGCCUAUUUUCCACCACAUGUCAAACAAGAUCUUGAAAAGAUGGGCUUGAAGGUUGAUUGGCGUCGAUCAUUCAUCACAACAGAUGCAAAUCCCUUCUACGACUCAUUCGUUCGCUGGCAAUUUCAUCAUUUAAGAGACGGUGGAAAGAUUCAAUUCGGCAAAAGAUACACAAUCUAUUCACCAAAAGAUGGACAACCUUGUAUGGAUCAUGAUCGAGGCAGUGGUGAAGGUGUUGCCCCGCAAGAGUAUACAUUAGUUAAACUUCGUAUCCACGAUGAUCACAUUCCUGAGAAACUCAAACCUCAUGUAACGUCAUCGACAGCCGGUGUUUACUUAGCUGCAGCGACACUUCGACCAGAAACAAUGUAUGGACAAACGAAUUGCUGGCUACAUCCAGAUAUUCGUUAUGUUGCAUUCGAAACACGUCUCCAUGGUAUUCUGAUCUGCACAAAACGUGCAGCCCGAAAUAUGUCCUAUCAGGAAUUUACUCCAACUUAUGGACAAUUUACGAUUUUGGCUGAAUUUCUUGGUUCGGAAUUGUUUGGUUUACCGUUACAUGGACCACUUUCCCAUUACGAAACAAUCUAUGUUUUACCUAUGAUGACAAUUAAAGAAGAUAAGGGAACAGGUGUGGUUACAUCGGUACCAAGUGAUUCACCGGAUGAUUUCGCUGCUUUGACUGAUUUGAAAAACAAAGCUAAUCUUCGUGAAAAAUAUCACAUCCAAGAUUCAAUGGUUUUACCUUAUGAACCCGUUCCGAUCAUUGAACUUUCACCUUACGGUCGUCUUGCAGCACCAACAAUAUGCCAGCAAAUGAAAAUUCAAUCGCAAAACGAUCGCGAUAAAUUGGUCGAAGCCAAGGAACAAAUUUAUACGAAAUCGUUCUAUGAAGGCAUACUAAUGGUAGGUAAAUAUGCCAAUACUAAAAUAUCUGAUGCGAAGAAACUUGUCCGCGAUGAUUUAAUCGCCGAUGGCAAAGCAUGCCCCUAUUAUGAACCUGAAGGCAAAGUUAUUUCACGUUCCAAUGACGAAUGUGUCGUCGCGCUUGUCGAUCAAUGGUUUCUCGACUAUGGAAAUGAAAAAUGGAAACAACAAACGAAACAAGCUUUAGAGCAAAUGAAUUGUUAUCAUAUAGAAACGCGAAAUCAAUUCGAAGGUGUUCUUGACUGGUUACAUGAACAUGCAUGUGCACGUUCAUAUGGCUUAGGAUCAAAAUUACCUUGGGAUGAGCAAUAUCUCAUCGAAUCACUAUCAGAUUCGACGAUUUAUAUGGCCUAUUAUACAGUUGCACAUCUUUUACAAGCACGUGAUUCGUUCAAUGGCGAAAAAUUAGGUCCGGCGAAUAUUCUUCCAUCGCAAUUGACAAAUGAAGUGUGGGAUUAUAUCUUCUUCCCUGAAAAAUCUUAUCCUUCAGCAACAGAUAUUCCGCAUGCAACACUCGAUCGUCUCCGUAAUGAAUUUCAAUAUUGGUAUCCAGUUAAUCUUCGUUCAAGUGGUAAAGAUUUGAUUCCAAAUCACUUAACCUAUGCUCUAUACAAUCACGUCGCCAUCUGGCCUAACCAUCCCGAAUUUUGGCCGAAAUCAUUCCGAGCUAACGGACAUUUAUUAUUAAACUCAGAAAAAAUGUCGAAAUCAACUGGCAAUUUCUUGACUUUAGUUCAAGCAAUCGAAAAAUUCUCAGCCGAUGGUAUGCGUUUAACGUUAGCCGAUGCUGGUGAUUCCAUUGAAGAUGCCAACUUCGAAGAAGAAAUGGCAGAAGCUCAACUUCUUCGUCUUUAUACAUUCAUUGAAUGGGUCAAAGAAGUUCUUCAAAUCAGUCCGACUGAAACUCCUAAACCCGUUUCGCAAGAAAAUCCAACAAUCAUUUCAACAGCAACCAAUUGGAUCAAAGAGAAAUUACACCUCUCCGCUGAUGGCAGUCAGGAGGACUUUACCGAUGAACAAAAAGCACUUUAUCGUACGGAUACAGAAUAUAAUUACUAUGAUCGCGUUUUCGAAUCAGAAAUCAACUCCUCGAUCCAAUUAACGGAAGAAAGUUAUGAAAAAAUGUUAUAUAAAGACGUUCUCAAGUACGGAUUCUUUGGUUUACAAAUCGCACGUGAUAACUACCGAGAAUUGUGUUCCGAAAGUGAAAAAAUGAAUCUACGUUUAAUCAAACGGUUCAUUGAAGUUCAAGCGAUUUUACUUGCACCAAUUUGCCCACAUAUCUGCGACUACGUUUAUCAAUUCCUCCAUCCUGGUCAAACAAUUAUGAACGCCAAAUGGCCAACUGCCGGUCCGAUUGAUCAAUCAUUGAUCGACUCGUGUGCAUAUUUGAUGAACACCGCACAUGAUUUUCGUCUUCGAUUAAAGAACUUUUCCACACAGCAAUCUAGUGGAAAAUCCAAAGGAGGUGCAGCUGCAACAACAACAGCCAAAACACCAUCAGGUUCAGCACCAACACACGCAACAAUCUACGUCGCACGUUCAUAUCCAUCUUGGCAAACCUUCGUUAUUAACGAAUUGAAACAAUUAUAUCAAGCGAAUAACAAUUCACUUCCCGAUAGUAAACAACUAUCUUCUCAUUUCAAAGAUCGACCUGAAAUCGACAAGAAAUACGUGAAAAAACUCAUGCCAUUUGUCAUACACUCGAAAGGUUUAGUUGAAAAAACGAAUAACAUCUCAGCAUUGGAUCAACAUUUAUCCUUCGAUGAAUACGAUGUCUUACGAAUGAACCAAGAUUAUCUUCGACGUACAUUGAACGUCAAACAACUUGACAUUCAAUUAACCGAUGACACGAAAACCGAAACGAACUCGGUGAUUAACUUGGAAGAUAUUCUACCCGGUCAACCAAUCAUCCACUUUACCGUUAAAGACUCUUAA